UUUAAUUUGUCAAAAAAAAUUAACUCUUUUUUCCAGAGAGUCAAGCAAGGUUGUUGUCAAACGUGAUCAGCACCCUUGAGCCGCACUUGAAAAAUCUUGUGAAACAACACGAAGAGAUCACUGAGAGGUUGUCUGUUACUGAGGGGAAUAUUCCAACUGCAAGUGAACACAAGACUUUAUCCAAGCAGCUUUCUAAACUUUCACCUAUUGUCCAUUUGAUAAGCCAAAUUGAGACAAAGGAGAAGGAAAUCAAGGAUUUAGAUGAAAUGAUAUUGGAAAUUGGUGGAGAAUUAGGGAAAUUUGCAGAAGAGGAUAAGAAGCAAGCUCUCAGUGAUAUAAAGAAAAUUGAGGAUGAGUUGCUUAAGGCUCUUAUUCCUCAAGAUGGUGAUGAUGAAAACAGUGCCAUACUGGAAUUAAGGGCUGGCACUGGUGGAAAGGAAGCAUCCUUGUUUACUGAGGAGAUGUUGACAAUGUAUCAAAGGUUUUCAGCUUACAAGAAGUGGAAAUUUGAAAUUCUGAACAUUAGUAAAAGUGAAGGUGGUGGUAUUAAGGAAGCUUCUGUGAGUAUUGUAGGGAGUGGUGUGUUUGGCACGAUGAAGUUUGAAACUGGUGUUCACAGAGUGCAAAGAGUUCCGCAUACAGAGUCGCUAGGCCGUAUUCACACUAGUACUAUGACUGUGGCAGUGUUACCACAACCUGAAGAGGUAGAUGUGGUGAUUAAUCCAAACGAUCUCAAAGUUGAUACAUUUAGAGCGUCUGGCGCCGGCGGUCAGCAUGUCAACAAAACUGAUUCUGCAGUCAGAAUAACUCAUUUACCGACGGGGCUUGUGGUCGGUUGUCAAGAGGAACGAUCUCAGAUUCAGAAUCGACACAAAGCCUUACAAGUGUUACGAACGCGUCUCUAUGAUAUACAGCGUCGACAACUGGAUUCAGAAAGAUCUGAAGCCCGCAGAAAACAGAUCGGGAGUGGAGGGAGAUCAGAAAAGAUAAGGACGUACAACUUUCCUCAGGGCCGAGUGACUGAUCACAGAAUAGGUAUGACUGAGCAUGGAGCAGAACUGUUUUUGGAGGGAGAAGACAAACUCAAUCACAUGAUCACGGCUUUGCAGUCUCAACACGAAGCCGAGGCGCUACAGGAACUGACCAGCCAAUAUGACACCGGGAAGAAAGGGAAUAGGUAACCAAAGGAAAACACGGAAAACACAGCCAAAGACAACAACACGGCGCUUUCUCGAGGGCCCAUCUUACGAAUGUGCAAAUGGCCAGACGAUGAAAUAAUAGUAUUUAUAUCGGAAUUGGUUAUGCAUUUGUUUCUUAAAAAAGAGCAAAAUAGUACAUUGUAACAUAGUGAAGAAGCAUUAAAAAAGAAAAAAAAGUC